UACAGUCUUAUGGGAAAAGAUAAUCAACUUGUUGGAGGUAAUCAAUAUAUAGUACGUAUAAUGGAAGGCAAGUUACUGUUGUUUAAAGCGGUUAUCUGCUGACUUAGAGAUACGAGAAAUUGACGGUGAUAUGAAGACACUGGUUUAUGAAAACUACAACAAGUUUAUAAGCGCGACAGAUACUAUAAGAAAGAUGAAAAUGAAUAUAGAGAGCAUGGAAUCUGAAAUGGGCCACCUAAACGAAAACAUUGAGUGCAUAUCAAAACAGACGAGGGAUAUCAAUCGGCAUUUGGAGCCCCAUAGUAGAAAGAUCCAGGAUCUUACAAACGCUCACAACUCGUUAAAAAGACUGCAAUUCAUAUUUGAAUUACCGACUCGAUUGCAACACUGUUUGAACAGAGGCAAAUACAGCCAGGCGGUGAAGUAUUAUUCGAGAGCAAGUCCUUUAUUAAAUCAUUAUAAGCAUAUGGCAGCAUUUAAAGGAAUCAAUCACGACUGCAUGGAUAUUAUGAACAAUGUAAAGGACGCUAUAUGGCAUAAAAUGGCUGAAAGUGAUUUGACGAUUAAACGAACAGCAGAAUUGACAAAGUUAUUGUUACUUUUGAAAGAAGAGACAUCAAACUUAUGGAAACAAUACGUCAACAUACAAAUGACAUGCCUGUCUAGAAAGAAUGUAUCUCACUCGGAUCCAAUGACUGUGGAAGAGUUAUUAUCGGAUUACAUUAUGCCAUUGGAAGAAAUUGUUCAUCAAUUUGAGGCAUUAUUUCUCUCCGGAGAAAAUGGCAGUAGCGAGGAUCCGAAAUCUGAUACAGUAACUGCCUCCAUUCGUUUAAGUGAUGAGGAUCGAGAAAAGGCAAAAGAUGAUUUAUUCACAGCGAUAAAGCCCUACACCGAUAAAAUGCUAUAUUCUGCUUCUAAACUUAUUGAAUUGCCAGUGCAGAUUACUACCGCCACUUCAAUUGAGCAGCGAUUACAAAAUAUGAACAAGCUAAAAGUCGCCUUCAGAGAUAAAGGACAAUCGCUACUACGAGUAAUACAGCCAGUGCAGAGGAAAUUGCAUUCCUUAUAUGCCCGUUGGGAAUACGAACUAAUAAAAGGUUCACUGGAUUCUGUAAAAAAAGCCGUGAGAGAGCAUUUGUGUCAGUUUGUUACUGAUUUGGAUAUGAAAGAUAACGGCAGUGAAAUAGAAAUAGAUGCUGACAGAACUGCAGAUUUUAUUCAAGAUACCCAAAUAUGGCUUGCAGAAUACAUCACCAAAUCAUGUUUAUUACCACUGAAUAUGAAUCUCGAUAUAACCAACGCAGCAACGGCCGAAAGACUACAGUCAGGAUUGAAAAAUAUGUGGCAAGACAUAGGGAACAGUUUUGGUGCGUCUAGUUCAAGUAAAUAUCUCAGCGUAUUGCUUCUACUCGAAUCACGCUUAUGCUAUAAUCUAGCCAAUAAUGGAAUUUAUCGUGUUUAUGUUGCUUUCUCAACCCAAUCGUCAUAUGAUAAAAAUCUGGUUAAUAGCAGCAGCACUCAUUUCGCUGAAUUGUCAGAUACAGUGUUGGAUCCUACUAUUAUUUCGGACUUCAAUGAUGUAGUGGACUACUACUUAAAUAGAGGACAAUUCUUGCUGAAAAAGCAUUUGAUGUUAGAAGCUUAUAUGUUGACAUGUCGUUUACAACGAGAUUAUAUAUAUCCCAAUAGGGAUUCCUCUUCGGUGCAGCGAUCCUCUGAUGUUUGGACCUAUUUCACCAAGCGGUUACGUUAUACUGACCGAAUAUUAGGUAUAUUUUUUCCUCAGCAACAGCAUCUACAACAGUCUGAUUCUGCAACCGAUAACGUAUCUAUGCUAGACUGCAACUAUAGUGGUGGGCCUUAUUCUACACGCCAUGUUCCUCCAUCUACACAUAGUGUGGCUACUAUGUCCUCUAUUUCCGAAACUCCUGGUAAAACAUACUUCGAGGUUGAGGAUAAUGUUGCAUUGAAUAUGAUGAGUAGCAAUAUCGAUAAGCUAUUUGCAGAACGUAUUGAUGUCUAUCGUUCUGUGGAGCCGACAGCGAAGGACGUAUGCACAGCGUUGAUUAUGAUGGUCUUGAAAGCAUUUUUGGAAGUGAUGAGAGAAACGCAGGUAGACGGAGUAGCUUACCAACAAUUACAAGUAGAUGUUGAGUAUGUACAGAGAAUGAUAUGGCCGUAUGCUGGUGAUGAAAAAUGGGCCUCAUCCUUGCUCCAGGAAGUCCUAUCCAAUGCUUAUACCAGAUGUCUUUCUCCUGUCAGCCUUACUCAAGACAAAAUAGCAGCAAUAUUAUCAAAUUGCUUAAAUCUUUUCAACCUGUGAGAAAGUUAUGAAUGAACGCACAUCUAUCUUCUGGUGAUAUCAUGAAGAGCACCAAGGAAGGGAUCCCAUUUUUGGUUAAGCAACUGCCAUUGAUGUACAGAAUAAUUGGACACACAGUUUCAGCACUUAUAAUUUCUUCAAAUAUUUGUUUUUGUAGAAUUAGAGUUCGUUGGAAAAUUAAUCGUGGUAGUUGUCAUGGAGGAAAAUCAGAUUUCACUAGCUCAUUUUUUCUCUUUUUUUUUCC